UGAAAGUGCAUACCGGGCAAUUUAAAUUUGUAGACUCAGAGACACGUCCGUCGAUACAUUUAUUAUUUGUGGUUACCAGUGCCACGCCCUGUACUCAUACCAGUAAGAAAGACUGAGGAAAGAAAAAUGGAAGAGAUUGAGACAAGACAGUGUGACAGAGGGGAGACGGCUAUAAGAGAGAGACCGGAAAUGUGUCCCUCUGCGGCUCACGAAAUGCUCGAGCGCCUGCGGAGGCUCUUUGAAGCUCAAGCACGCAGACCUAAGGAGACCAUGGAAAAGAAGCUAAUGAUCAUCGACACCGAUUGCGGCAUAGACGAUGCUCAGGCAAUAAUGAUGGCGUUGGCGGCGCCUAACAUCCACAUCCUGGGCGUCACCUGCGUGUUUGGGAACACGACGGUCGACAACGUGUGUCAGAACGUUUUGAGGGUGCUCUCAGUCUGUGAGCGUAACGGGAUUCCAGUGUUUCGAGGUUCUGCUGGCCCUCUGGUUGGAGCGGGAAACUCACCCACUGACCACUUUGGAAGUGAUGGACUCGGAGAUGUGAUAAAGGAGAAAGAUCCUUGUUGGGAGGAGAAAAUCCAAAAGGAGCAUGCAGUUACCGCAAUGAUAAGACUGGUGUCCGAAAACCAGAACCAGGUCUCCUUGGUGGCUCUCGGCCCGCUCACUAAUCUGGCGCUGGCGGUCAGACUUGACCCCCAUUUUCCCCAAAAGCUCAGGGAGGUGUACAUCAUGGGCGGCAACAUGGAAGGAAAAGGAAACGUGACUCUGUGUGCAGAGUUUAACUUCGCCAUGGAUCCAGAGUCGGCCUAUAUUGUUCUUGAGGAGUUCCUCUGUCCUACCUACCUGGCAUCGUGGGAGUAUGCGUGCAGAAACGCACUGACGUGGGAGUUCCUUGAGGAGCUCGUCAAUCAGGACGCUCCAGCUGCACGCUUCAUGAGGAUGAUAACGUCUAAAUGCUGGGCUUAUUCCAGAGAGGCCAUGAUGACUAAGAGAGACGUGUACUUUGGGCCGGGCUUUGUCUCCUAUGAUUCCUACGCGAUGGCGGCCUGCAUCGACCGCAGCGUGGUGACGGAGAGCAUCGAGUGUCCCGUCCGCGUGGAGCUCCAGGGCUCCAUUGCUCGAGGCAUGUUGGCGCUGGAUCGCACAAAUCAGCUGAAGAAGAGCCACAGCGUGUUUGUGUUGACUAAAUGUGACACAGCCAAGUUCAGCGAGCUUCUGAAGGAGUCCCUCAGACAGCCCUGCAAGAAGUAAAGUCUGGACUUCCUUCAUUUAACUGCUGCAUCACUAAGUGCCCUUUGACUGACAUCAUUUUAUAGCCACAAAUGAUGUCAGGGAAGAUGGUUACUAAAUUUUCCCACCUGACCAAUCACAAUAAGCUGGAUUUUUUGGAAUGUUUUAUUUAAUAAAGCAAUGCAACCUUUUACCGUUAUAGGCGAUCGUGAUUGUUUAAAAUUAAAAUCCCUCAAGAGUACAUCAGAGCUAAGGACAUUUAAACUGCAACCAAAUCAAUUUUAGACCCACUCCAAGUGUCACAAUCUAAAAAAUAAAAGCUAUAUCAGAAAAUGAUUUGGACUCAGGAGGAUUCACGGCGAAAAGAUGAGUGAAAUUUUACAAAGAAUGCACUUGGUAAAGUUUUUCUACGAUUAAUAAUCAGAAAACGGAUCGAACAUUGAGGGUAACAAAGCUUGAAACUUUGUCACAUGAAAGUUGUUUGUACUCAUCUCACAAACACACCAAAUCAUACUGAGUACAUUUUUAUUCUGUUUCCAAUAAUAAACUUUUAGCAUCAGUAACAUGCAACGUAACAGCACUAACGUAAAAUCUCUUACAUUAAAAAUUACAAUCUGAGACAUAAGAUGAGGAUGCUCCACUAAACACGUGCUACGUUAACUUUAAAAAUACCCUUUGGAGGGUUUCAUUGGCUGUAUGUUACUGUGUGCCAGUAAUAUAUAUAAUAUUCUUAACUAAAAAUGUUUCCUAUCAUAACUUUGUCAAUCGACUUUUUACUUUGUUUUUUAGGAUAAUGGGAUAUCGUGUCAUAAACACAUAUUUAUGUAUGAGGAACAGAACCAGCAUUGUUACCGUGGAUAUUUGAUCGGUUUUCUUCAAACAGUAGUUUUGGGUAAACUUUUAGGGCUCAGGCUUUCAGGUGAAGCGCACAACAACCUAAACCUCUCUGCUGUUCCAUGUCCAGUCGUGGAUGCUCUUUGUAAUGAGGUCAGUGUACGUACCCGAAGCUUCAGACGGCUCUUCAAUCAUUCUGAGGUUUUUCUACGUCUUGGGUCAUAAAGGCUGGCUUUAGACACAGAAUGCACUGAGGGGCUGCAAUGAGGCCCAGUGUCAUAUAAAGAAGGAUCAUUUUGAAUCAUGCAAAGCUGUUGUAAAAGCCUAAAGCUUGAAAUGUUUCAAUGGAAUAAAAAACCUG